AUGGAGCUGCGAUUGGAUACAACAGUUAUUGGCAAGAGAGUGGUGACGACAAUGCAGAUGUCAUUCUCAUGUAAUAUCAAAAAUGUUGAGGAAAGGCAAGAAGGCGAGCAAAAUAACCCGAUUUCCUCGCUCCUCUCCGCAGCGUCGAUUCGUCAUGUGCUGCAUAGUAACACGUUUUUGUUCUGUGGUUCGGCUUAUCUAGGCGGUGUUAUCCCGAUGUCCAUACGCAAGUCUGCCAAUUUCGAACAGACGUACGCAAAGUCGAAUGCUACGGCCGUUGACGACAGCCGUCAUCGAGAUACCUCUUUCGACAUGAAGGUAUGGACGAAGCGACACUGUGGCCACUUCUAG